GCGGUUUGAUUUAAAGAUCUUGAACAGCAGGCGACAUGAAUCCCAAAAAACAUAAUCAGACGUCUGCACUGCUGCAUCUGUCUGCGCAAUGUCAAACGGGGACAGGCUGGUUUUAGUGCUUGGAGGAGCAGGAACAGUGGGUUCAGGAAUAGUGAAAGCACUCCUGGAUAAAGGUUUUAAGGUUGCUGUGAUUUCCAGAGACAACAGCAAGUUGGAAAAACUCAAAGGGUUUGUUUCACCAAACACAAAAACUAACCUGACCACCAUAGUGGGGAAUGUUGGCUCAGAGGAUGCAGCGGAAGAUGUAAAACAGGCCUUGAUCAAGUCAGUAGGGAAGAUCACAGAUGUGGUGUCUUCUCUGGGCUUCAGCUGGUGGCAGGGAGGUCCACCACACACUCAGCCCCUUAAAGAACUGCAGUGGGUUAUUGAGACUCUGCUAUAUAGCACAUUUGUGUCAUGGAAAGCUUUCUUUCCUCUGGUGAGAGAUGAUCCAAACAGCACCUACACUUUCAUUACAGGAGGUGCUGGAGAGAAAUUGUUAAUGCCUGGCACAGGGUUCCUGACCAUAGGUGCGGCAAGUGCCCUGGCUUUCUGUCAGGUUCUUCGUGAAGAGUACCCGGAGGUCAAAUGUAAACUCAACCAGGUGAAAAUCAACACAGGUGUGGCUGUCCCAGAACGAAUGGCCCCUGGGUACCUGAACCAUUUGGAUUUAGGCGAGGCUGUGGCUGCACUGGUGGAGCGCCGAAACAAAUCUCACACCAUUUAUCCCGUGAGCUGUCCUGCUGAUCUAAAAACUGUUAUCUUGGAGGGCAAUCUGUAAGCAUUCAAGCCCAGACUGAAAGCUACAUCUCUGUAUCCACUUUGUCUUGUUGUCAUUAUGCGUGUAUUGUUUAAUUGCAUGUCAACAAAGUUGUUUUAGUAGCCUAUGAAUAUUCACCGUCUUUUAAACAAAUAAGCAUAUUCAGUAAAACUGUACAGAGACUUCGGAGCGUAGUCGAGUCUGAAUGCAGAGCUCAACGAUGAAGUUAAAAUGUAUGAGGACAGGAUGUGAAAAGAAACUGUACUUUUCCUCAGUGAAAAAAAUUGGCAGGUCCUUCGAACACUUGGUCCACCUAGCGUGACUUCUUGCCCUCGUUCACCCAAAACUUAUCUGACUCUUAAACAGCUCCAAUUAUUCCUGGAUGUGUGGUCCAUAAAGAGCGUGUAAAGAAGGGUCAAGGGGUUCAGAAAUUACUGUCACCUAAACAGGAAAGAACUUGAGAAGAUUAUCUUUGUUAUUCUUAUUUACUGUUGUAGUAUUUGUGUAAAUGCUUAAACAACAUGAAUGUAAAUGUGCCAUUAAACAUUUAAAAUAA